UCUUUGAAAUCCAUUGUGUAUUUUACAUUUUAGGAUGUCUCAACUCAAAUGUGAAAUUCUCAUGGAGAAUAUUUGAACUGUAUUUAGAUUAAUACAAAUUGCAGUUAAAAAGUUUAAUAUAGAUUUACCAGGGGGCGUGCAGCCCGCUUGCCAAUCAGAUCGCUGCUGAGCGGUCCCGCAGCUAACCCCCGAAGAGCAGCCUGCUGGCUUCCCCAGCGCCCAGGAGUUGGGGAUGUCCUACAAACCUACCACCCCUGCCCCCAGCAGCACCCCCGGCUCCAGCACCCCUGGGCCAGGCACUCCGGUCCCUACAGGAAGCGUCCCUUCGCCGUCAGGCUCAGGGCUGGGAGCCACUGCCCCUUUCAGACCGCUGUUUAAAGACUUUGGACCGCCUACCAUCGGCUGUGUGCAGGCCAUGAAACCACCUGGUGCCCAGGGCUCCCAGAGCACCUACACGGAACUGCUGUUGGUCACAGGGGAGAUGGGCAAAGGGAUCCGGCCCACCUAUGCUGGCAGCAAGAGCGCCGCGAAGUGCCUGAAGAGAGGUAUCAUCCAUCCCUAGUCAGAGUGCCUGGUAGAGACAGAGCGGAACGCCCACACUUAACAGGAAGCUCCUAGGCCUCUGUGUCUGGACUUCAGAGCACCUGUUUCUCCCUGACCUUCAUCCCUAGUUGCACUAACCAUCCUGGGCUUCCUGUCCUGUGUCCCCUGAUGGGUGCCCUCCAGGAACCAAGGGGCGGUUCUCACUCCAGGUGGCAGCACUAAGGACUCCCCUCCCCACCCCACCCCGCCAACGCAACAAGAGUUAGCAGCGAGGUCCCCGUGAGUCCCAACCAUGACCUGCCGACAGUGUUGCCCACUGGAACUUUCUGUGGCCCCCACCACUCAGCCCUUCCCAGCACUUGUCCGGAGCCUCCUUCUCCCUCAGCACAGCUCAGGCCUCAGGCCUGACACUUCCCUGCCUUGUGUCUUUUGCUAAAUAUGACCUUUCUAUAUUAAUAAAAGAUGCUUUGGAGUUGUGCUCUCUAAAAAAAAGUUUAAUAUAAAGCAGAAAUAAAAGGAAAUUUAGCAAAGAAAUAUGUAGACGAAUAUUUAAAUACUCAGAGGUGACAUUACUACUAGACAUAAUGAGAUUAUCAGAUGUUUCAUUUACUUAUGAUUAAUAUGUUUGUAUUUAUUUUUUAUUCAUUUUAUUUUAUUUAUGUAUUUAUUUUUAUUAUACUUUAAGUUCUAGGGUACAGGUGCACAACGUGCAGGUUUGUUACAUAUGUAUAGAUGUGCUGUGUUGGUUUGCUGCACCCAUUAACUUGUCAUUUACAUUAGGUAUUUCUCCUAAUGCUCUCCCUCCCCCAGCCCCCCAUCCCAUGACAGGCCCCAGUGUGUGAUGUUCCCCUGCCUGUGUCCAAGUAUUCUCAUUGUUUAAUUCCCACCUAUGAGUGAGAAUAUGCAGUGUUUGGUUUUCUGACCUUGCGAUAGUUUAAACAAACUAGGAAGUUCAGAAGUCACUUUAUAAGAGAAAUAAAGAAAAAUAAAGUAUUAAUGACAUUGGUAACAGAAUAAAAAUUAGAGUUAGACAAAGUAUUAACAAGCAAGCUUAUAUAUUUAUGAGAUGGGAAAAUAUUAGAAAGGAAUAAAUCAUGUCUUGUCAACAUGAAGAAAAAGUGUAUUUUUUUGUUAACUUAUUAUUGUGUUUCCUUGUAUAAUUUUCACUUGGUUUUGUUGGUUUUACUACUUGCUUCAUUCUUUCAAAAACUACAUCUUCAUAGACCAUUUCAGCUUUUGCUAUGUGGGCAGAAUUAUAAAACCCAAUUUCAAAAUUUCAACUGAACGUUGUCAGCAUUUUUCUUUGGGCUUUUUACUGAAAAAAAACCUAAGUAAUUGUGUGUGUGUGUAUUUUAGUAUUACCAUGAAUGUAAUAACAAUAAAAUCAAACAAAAACAAAUGGAUAUGCAAUAUGUUGGACUAGCAUCUCAAAUAUGAAAAAGGCAUUGCCAACAGUGAUAUGAUUUUUUUUCAAAAUGGUAAGCUUUUUAAAGUAUAAUCUUAUUUUAACCUAAAAUCUUACUAUCAGAAAAUGCAGUGUACAUUAAAAUGUUCUGAAAUGCUUUAUUCACAUUUAUUAAAUGGUUGUACUCACUCAGAUAUCUACAAAUUGGUUUUUCACUUAUGUAAUUAUAAAACGUUCAAAAGUCAUGCAGCAUGUGAGAUAAUUUUCUAUUGAAUAUGAUUGUUUUAUCACUGCAAGACAUCAAACAUCCCUG